ACUGGAUGAUGACUGACUGACUGGGCUCCAGGCUAGUUACCUACUGUAGGUAAUUUGACGCGACGCGAGCGAGCAUUUUAUACGAAGUCAUCGCCCGCCGUGCGCAACUUUUCGACUUCCCAACGUGUUGCCCCCUCACCCUCCCCGCGACUCGGAAAGACUACAUAGCCGAAACGUAUUACUGCCGCAUUGGUCUGCGAUCUCUCGCCGCUCCGCGACUCGCGCAGUUCCAUUUUCGUCCGCGCCUGCUCCCGGCCAUCAAGUUCCGCCCGCCCAACCGCCCGCCGCGCACCACAGCCGAACCCGGUUGCGCGCAACGAUGCCCGAACCCGUCUCCGUCCUGUUCGUCUGUCUCGGCAACAUCUGUCGGUCGACCAUGGCCGAGGGCAUCUUCCAGCACCUCGCCCAGCAGCCAGCCUACAAGGGCAAGAUUGGGCGCAUCGACUCGUGCGGCACGGCUGCGUACCAUACUGGCGAAGAGCCCGACUCGCGGACUCUUUCGACGCUUGAGGCCAAUGGCAUUGUCGACUACGAACACUACGCGCGGAGGUUUCAGACAUCCGACUUCGAAAAGUUCGACUACAUCUUCGCCAUGGACCGGUCGAACCUGUCGGACCUGCAGCGGCUGAAGCGCGGCAACCCGGAGGCCAAGGCCAAGGUGAUGCUGUUUGGCGAGUUCAGCGGCAAGGGCAAGCCCGAGGUCGUCAGCGAUCCGUACUACGGCGGGCACGACGGGUUCGAGAAGGCGUUUGAACAGUGCUCCCGGUUUGCCAAGAACUUCCUGGACGAGACCGUUGGCAAGCAAUAGACGCGCGCGGGACGAAGUAGUGGUGGUGGUGGUGGUUGAAGCCCGUGGAAGGGGCGCUGGGAGGGGAGACGGACGGAAGAAAUACGUGAUGUGAUACCCAAGCGAUAGAUGGUCGGUUUCCUUGGAGGAUGAUUUUCUUUUUCUUCUUAUAGACAACCCCAUACAUCCUUGUAAUAGACUUGUUGUCGUUUCACGGCUAUAG